CAGACGGUCACGAAGCAGCUGAGGAGAAAGCAGCCAGACGGACCCAUCAUGUCCGACAAACCAGAUUUUGGAGAAAUUGAAACGUUUGACAAGACCAAACUGAAGAAGACGGAAACGAGAGAAAAAAAUCCUUUGCCCACUAAAGAAACUAUCGAACAGGAAAAGCAAAGUGAAAGUACUUCCUGAGCAUAAAAUUGAAGAUGUGAUGGCUGCUUCUUCAGUGGGGUUUUGGCUUCCAAGUUGGGGUUUCUUCCUUCCCCUUUUCUUUACUCUGUAUUUGUUGUUAAUUUAAUUUAACAAGCACUUAUUCAUUUUGUGUUCUCUGGGAAAGUUUGUUUUGCAUUGCUUCAACAAGGAAUUUUGUAUUUGUGUUUGUAUUCUUAAAAUUGUAAUUCAAAGUUCU